AUGACUGAAUCGUGGGAUCGACGUACGUAUCCUGUAAUAUUUCAGUUGUGCACCAAGUCAAAUUUAGAUCGUGUUGAACUGUACUGUUCAUCCAAUAAUUGGACUUCGCCACUUGCAAGAUUAUCAUAUGCUUACAAAAACUCAUUAUCUCCUCAGCAAGAAAAAUAUGUGUAUCUGCAUACUCUUUCACUUUUGCCUGGUGAUUAUGAAUACAAAUUUAAAGUGAACAAUAAACUACCAUGGGUGUUGAAUACUGAGAGAAAAAUACGAAACGAUAAUAACAUUAUAACGAAAGAUGACUUUAUUCAACUCAUUGUCGAACGAUGUGAUUUAUUAGAACGUAUAAGAAAUGGUGAAACAAUAUUGGAAGGAAGAUGUUUAAAUCCAACAAACGAAAAUGACGAUGCAAAUAGAAGCAUUAAUUACUGUAAUACUAGUACAUUAUUAUUCAAAAAACCUAUACUCUGGGACACUGAGCUUAUUGUCAAUGCGACACGACAUUACAAAGCGCAUCGAGCUAUUUUAUCAAUUCAAUCUGGUUACUUUAAAACACUCUUUGAAAAAGACGACGUAAAAACUCCAGCCGAAAUACAAGUACAAGCUAAUGAUUUGCCUAGUUUUCAUAUUAUGUUUAAAUAUCUAUAUACUGGCAUAAUACCAAGUUCUCUUGAGUACAAGCAAUUAAAAUCAUUAUUACAAAUUGCUCACACAUAUAAAAUACCAACACUUGUUGAAAUUAUACAACAAAAUCUAGCCAGUACCAACAUCGAUGUUAAUAAUUGUUUACUAUUAUUGUCCAUGGAAAAUGAAUUACAACAGGAUUGGCUAAGAGUGCGUCGAUUGGCUAUUCAAAUUGUAGCUGAAAAUUUUAGAUAUCUUUGUCAUCAAGAUGAAUUCUUAAAAUUAGAUUAUAACAUCAUUCAAGAUAUACUUUCUCAUUCAAAACUUCAAAUUCCUAACAAAACCAUGGCCAAUGUAGCCUUACAUCGGUGGCUGAAUACGAAUAUAGAAACCAAUCCCGAUUUAUCACAAUCUAUUACAAUACUACGACAAUAUGGACAUAUAACAAAUAGAUAUUCCCUUGUUUCAUCAAUUGUAUGUUUUUUUGCCGAUGGAACCACACGAUAUACGAAUAUGACAAUAAAUGCAAUUAAUUCAUUUCUAAGAACAACUCCAGAAGUAAUGGUUGGUCUAUUGGUUAAAAACGAUGAUACACGAGAUGAAGUUAUGUCGUGUAUUGCCAAAAUUUAUCAUCAUCGUAUUUUAUGUAAAUAUAUAUCCCAGACACCGCAUUUUGAUGACUGGAAUCCUACACAAUAUAAAUUAGAUAUUAUUAAAUUUCUUGAUCAUGGUUUUGAUGAUAUCUACUGGAUGGAUUCAGAUAUAAUUGUUUAUCAAGAUUUGACAUAUUAUUUACAAGAAUUUCGACGCUCUUCCAACUUGUUUUAUUUCAUUCUUGAUCAUGUGAUGUAUGAUUCAUCGUUUGUCGCCAGAUGGAAACAACAACAUCAAGAUACAUUCAUACCACAAGCAUGUUUUAUGGGUUUUAAGUCAUCAUGUAUGAGUACAUUCUUUGGCUUGUGGAAAAAUGCAUGGAAAAUGUGGAUUGAACCAAAACCAUUUACAAUGUACCAUGAUCCAAAUCCAGAUUUUGUUGGAUCGAGCUUCUGUAUUGAACAAUAUGCACUAGGUAAUGCAAUAUCCGACUUCAUGGCACAAGAAGCAGUUUCACAUAACUAUGUCUGUGCACAUGAUUAUAGAGAAUUUAUAUUAUCAAUUGAACGAAAAUUGAUUAGGAUUGAAACAAAUGAACACAUGGAAUCAUUUUAUCCAUCGUCCAAGUUACAAUCUAUAUUCCGAUCUCGUGCUAUUAUUUCCUCUGCACUUUAUAGUUUUGCUCUGAACACAUAUACUCUGAAGAAUUCAUUCUAUCGAAUAUCUAAUUAUCCAGGGUCUAUGAAUAUAUCCAUGUGGUGUUCAAUGUUCUCGUGUUCUUUCUCACAUGGAGAUUCAUUUAUUGAUUCAUUUUUUAAUAGUAUAUUCCAUUUCUAUAAUCAAAAUUAUGAAGCUGGUUAUGAAUGGUAUUUCAAAAACUUCAUUAAAUCGUAA